AUGAUACGACGGCAAGCACGCGAGCGGAGAGAUUAUCUCUAUCGCAAAGCUCUACUGCUCAAGGAUGCCUCGAUCGCAGAGCGAAGAGCGACGUUGAAAGCGUCCCUGGCGUCAGGGAAACCGCUAGACCCGUCGAUCGCGAACGACAGGAGUUUAAGAGAGGAUUUCAAGUACGAUGAAUCGCUUCCAACGGCCGACCCCAAGUCGAAGGAGGGAGAGGAAAUCGACGUCGACGAUGAGUAUGCGGUUACUUCGGGCCUCGUAGACCCGCGGCCGCUCGUUACGACCUCUCGCGACCCUUCUUCACGUCUGAGCACGUUUGCUAAAGAGAUACGGCUGCUCAUGCCUACGUCGAUACGGCUGAAUCGAGGAACGCUCGUUCUCAACGACCUGGUGGCCAGCGCCACUGCUUCAGCACUCAGUGAUAUGGUCAUUCUACACGAACACAGAGGCACACCGACGGCAAUCACCAUCUCCCAUCUUCCUCAUGGUCCGACUGCCAGUUUCUCUCUACACAACGUCGUCCUCCGAGCCGACAUCCCCAACGCCUCGCGGGGAACGGUCUCGGAAAGCUACCCUCACUUGAUAUUCGAAGGGUUCACGACGAAGCUGGGGAAGCGGGUUGUCCAGAUCCUCUCCCAUCUCUUCCCUCCCCGAGAACCAGGCAAGAUUGGCAGCAGAGUGGUCACGUUUAAAAAUAUCGAAGACAGCAUCGAGGUACGGCAUCACGUCUUUGUGAAGACUGGCUAUCAAGACGUCGAGCUAGCUGAGGUUGGUCCUCGUAUGACCAUGCGGCUGUUUGAGAUCAAGGGAGGCACCCUGGAGAAAGGUGCCGGAGGAGACGUUGAAUGGGCUCUUACCCAGUACACAAGGACGAGCAAGAAGAAGGACUAUUUAUGA